GAAACAGAACUAUAUCAUAACAAGGCGGCACAACUCAGCGAGAUAUGAUGCUUUACUCACAAGACAAGCUUUGGCUCUGGACACUUCGGCUGCUCGCACUGCCAGUUGUUGUUCCGGAAUCACCAACGUUUGCGAGACUAUGCGACAAACCUGCGCAAGCUGGUAUAGGAAAGCUUUUGAGUCCAACCAAAUGCCAAGUUGUGUAUCCUCGAGAGACGGCAAACAAGGCCGCUGCGGAAGAAUUUUGUACCGGAGUUGCACCAUAUUCGGUAUCAAGUAGUCAGUCAGGCUCAGAAACAACUUGUGUCUUUGAAAAAGGUUACAACUGCGAUGACCACGAAGAAGAACUUUAUGAUCAUUGUUUUGUAGUAGUUGAGAAGAAGGGAGUAGAUUUCAAUCCUGAUGCAUGUCCGGAAGGAUAUUCUCUGCAUGUUCUUGAAAGCAAAGACGAGUUUAAAUACAUUACUACGUUCUUCGAUCGAUAUAAAAAAUUAUAUGUGGCCAACUCUGGCGACAAUGCAGCGUGGUUGCACCCAGAAGUAUUGCAAAGAAAGAGAAGAAGAGAGGCACACAAAGGCGAGGAAAGACCAAUCUAUGUUCGACUAACAGGUAGAUUCAGAGGUAAAGCGUAUUAUGGACCUUUAAAGAACACACCUUAUCUGUGUUCUAGAACUGCUGUACCUUAUGAAGAAACUUAUGCGGAAUUAGACGAAAUUAUGCAAAAGCUUGGAUUCACAACAGUGGUAGUCAAGAACAAACAAGGAAAUAAACGAACAUUUGUGAAUUUUGGUACAGUACAUGCCGUCGAAUCAGAAGAGUUCAAACCUGACUUUGCGAAACUUCAUGAUAUGUGCAGUAUGUUGCCUGACGGGUACACUGCUUCACAAGAAGAUUUCGAAAGUGCUGAGGAGUACAAGAAGGUGCUUGAAAAGCUUGGACCAAUGUGGAUGAGGAGUACUGUAGGAAGGUCAAACUUGUUCAUGUUGAAGCCGGACCCGAGUUGCAAAAAGGACCAGCUUUUCUCGAAAAACAGAAAACAAUGGAGUUACGUUGACAAUACGAAGAAACACUAUGAUGUGAAAAGCGACAUGUGGUGUCAAGCUUAUCCCGAUAAUAUGUGUGCGGACACAUCACGAAUUACCGCUUUAAUGAGUGACUGUGGAUAUACCGAUGCACCGUCCAUCGCUCGCCGUCCUAUCAUAUGUGGAACAGGAGGCAGCGCUUCAACUGCCGAAAAAAGACGAGGAAGCGUUCGAAAGGGAGAAUCAUGCAACAGAGGAGCUACAUUCAACAAGGUCAAAGGCCACUGCGAAUGCGACAAUCCGUCUGCUGAUGGAAGAAACCUGUAUCCGCAGAAGUUUGGAAACUAUCCUCCGGGAGUCAUAUGCCUCGACUGUCAGAAGAGUGCGGAAAAACGAUCUAUUGUGUUUUUAUUAGACAGUACCGGUAGUGUUGAACAGGAAGGCUGGGAUAAGCAACUCCAAUUCAUGCAUAAUCUAGUGAAGAACGUCAGGAACAUCAGAACAGGAAUAGUCAAAAUUAUCGAGAUUCCAGUUGUUGGACUAGAAAUGGGCGACCAUACACCCGCACAUUUAAGCAAAUGGAUUGAAGACAAUAAAAAAUAUGAAGCAUCAUUCACACUUGUUGGAUACGCGAUAUAUCUUGCAAGGCAAAUGCUCAAGAAAGAGAACACAAAGCAUAGAAUGAUGAUACUUUUCUCGGAUGGGGAUGAAGAUAUCUGUUUGGCAGAUCAGAAGUACUGGUUAGAUGAAGAUUAUGAACCGACGACGGACACUCCAUGUGAAAAAGAGUGGAAACUUAUGAAUAAGCAUAAGCAGCUAGCAGAAGCGAAAGCAGCAAGAGCGGAAGGCAUCAAAAUCAUUUAUGUGGCGGUUGGUCCUAAAGUAGACAGAAGUAAUACCACCUCUUACAACGAGAAUUGUAUGGAUAAUGUGAUAGACUUGGCUGGAGGAGUCAAAAAUGUGGUAGAAGCUGGCAAUAUGCAGAACUUAGAUAUGGGCAUAAUGCAUGAAGUUGUGAAGACUGUGUGCGACCCCAAUUAUUAAACGAUCUGAAUAAAGUUUUUUUC